AUGACGAAGAAAAGGAGAAACAACGGUCGUGCCAAAAAGGGCGGCGGCCACGUGCAGCCUAUUCGCUGCACGAACUGCGCCCGGUGCGUGCCCAAAGACAAGGCAAUUAAGAAGUUCGUAAUCCGAAAUAUAGUAGAGGCAGCUGCUGUCAGGGACAUUUCCGAAGCGAGUGUUUUCGACGCCUAUGUGCUUCCAAAGCUCUAUGUGAAACUGCACUACUGUGUGAAGGCGCCUCCAAGCCAGACGCUUGGGGCCUCGCUCUCUGGCUGCAAAGGAGCAAGCUGGCGCCAAGCCAGCCAGGAGCAAGACGCAGCUGCAGGGGUGCGGACCUGCGGCGCAAAAAGGAGGCGCGAGGAUCUCUGUGCCCGGCUGAUACGCAAUCCUUAG